AAAAGUCAAAGCUGGCUGUGCAGACUGCAGAGUUCUUUAAGCAAAGCUGCAAAACCAAAUCAGAGCUGCAAGAAGCAAUUGCUGAUUGUUCGAAUUAUCCUUCUUUGUUUCUUGGAAGUUGGAAUGCGUGAUGGCGACUGGAAGUAGAAGUGGCGAUAAGAAUCAGCUGAAGCUGUAUUCGUACUGGAUCAGCUCUUGCUCCCACCGUGUUCGUAUUGCUCUCAACUUGAAAGGAUUAAAUUAUGAGUAUAGAGCAGUUGACUUGCGGAAGGACGAGCAAUUCAGUCCAGAGUUUUCAAAGCUCAAUCCUGUUGGUACCGUGCCAGUGCUCGUGGAUGGGGACUUCGUAGUUGCCGACUCUCUUGCCAUCAUAAUGUAUUUAGAAGAGAAAUAUCCUCAGUAUCCAUUGUUGCCUCAAGAUCUUCAAAAACGAGGCAUCAAUUACCAGGUGGCCAAUAUUGUUUCCUCAAGCAUACAGCCUAAUCAAAUACCUCUAUAUCUGCGAGUGAGACUUCCGAAAUACACCGAGAAAGUUGGUCCCUACGAGAGCCUUGCUUGGGCUAAAUGCAGUAUUGAAAAAGGCUUUACUGCAAUCGAAAAGUUGUUAAAAGACCAUUCUGGAAGAUAUGCAACUGGAGAUGAAGUUUUCCUGGCAGAUUUGUUUCUCGCGCCUCAGAUUCAUGCAGCAACUAAUCGAUUCCAUGUCGACAUGACUCAGUUCCCUCUUUUAUCCCGGUUGGAUGAGGCAUACAAUGAAACCCCAGCUUUCCGAGAUACUACUCCAGAAAAGCAGCCGGAUGCUCCUGCAAAAGCUAGUUAAUCAAUGGGCUGAGUUCUGUUGAAACAUUUCAGAAUGUCAUGCCUUCUGAGUAGGAGGAAGUUCCCUCUACCAAGCCUAGAUUGUCAUGCAUUCUUUAAACAUCUGACAAUGUAUUCUCGAAUAUGCUCUAGGUAUACAUGGGAAUUUAAAAUCUAUCAAUCAUCCGCCAGUUGGAUUCGA